CAGAGAGCGCUUGUCGCAUGGCCAAGUGAGCGUCAGUGCCGUCAGUUCAGUCACGUUAACGUACGGACGUUCGUCGUAUUGCGUUUUUAGAUAAUUUCAUCGCGGGUGUUGAAACGAAUUUAUUUUUUUUUGUUUAAAUAUAGUGUGUAUGUGAAGUUUCGAGUGAUUUUUUUUAAUCUUCAUUCGUUCAGCCUAUGGAACACAUCGUGACAUUAUGUUGACUUCGCCUAAUCAGUAUUUGAGACCGGAGUAUCUCACACCGUUACCUACAACGCUCGAUGCUAAGAAGAGCCCUUUAGCUUUGCUCGCCCAAACGUGCAGUCAGAUAGGCGCAGACACCCCGAAUUCCAAACUACUUCAAAGUUCUGAGAAAUCUUCAAAAUCCAAAAACGAUUCUCAAAGAGAUAAGAAUGAACCGACGAACAAAUCAUCGAAAUUAGACGUAAUAAGUCCGAGGGAGAAAUCUAAAUCUCCCGAAGAAAGAUCGAAUUCCGUAUCCGGUGCAACAAAUAGAGUACGUACUCCGGUGGCAUCUAAACCGAUAACCAAUGGAAGGUGUUCGAGUAAUUUGAGUAAUUCCCCUAGAGCGUCACCGGCCGAAAGAAAAAGUCCCGCCACCGAAAGUAACGCAGACGGAAGCGCAACUCCUGAAAAAUCUUUAGGAAGAACUACUCCUCAUACGCCAUCUUCAUCAGCUUCAAAAACAGCUUUCACCCCCAACAUAUUAACAUCGUCAUCAGAUCCAGCUAUAAAAGAUCUACCGUUGGGCACUUUUAAACCGGGUGUACCCCCUCCGACGAGUUCUCCGUUUAUAGGAGGAUACCCAUCGUUUCCUCUAUCCAUGGACUUGAUGGCUUCCACGUUAAUGAAUCAACAUCACGCUUUAAAAAACGGCGGACUCGUUCCUUACCUCGGUUACGGUCGAAUCAAAUCGCAAGAUUCGUUAUCUUCGGCGUGUAGAGAUCCUUAUUGUACAGGAUGUAGUGUUAGUUCCCAUUUACUAGGUACUUCGGUGAAAUCUUGUCCUGCCGGAUGUACUCAAUGUGAUCAUUCGAAACCCCCGACGACCGCCAGUUACAUGAGCCACGGUCCGGCAGCUACGGCGUACGCUCACGCGCAACUGGCCGCCCUAGCGGCGGCUUCCCACCUUCCGUACGUGUGUAAUUGGAUAUCAGGCGAUGCGGCUUAUUGCGGAAAAAGAUUUUCCAGUCCCGAAGAACUCCUAACUCAUUUAAGGACUCAUACUAGCGGAGCUAUUUCCGAUAAUAGCUCGGCUUUAUCGAUGUUAGGUUCACCUGGGAUACCUCCGACGCAUCCCUUACUCCACAGAACAUAUCCCACGCCGCCGCUUAGUCCUUUAGCGACGGCGAGAUAUCAUCCUUAUAGUAAACCGUCCUUAUUACCUCCUUCGCUUAGUUCAUCGUCCUUACCUGGAUUUCCUUUGGGGCAUCCAGGCAUUUCUCCUUAUCUUUCUCCUUAUUCUUUGUACGGGCCUAGAUUGGGCGCCACGCCCGGUAUGCAUCAGUAGAUUUUCUCGUGGAGCCAAAUACUUUUUUUAUAUAUAAAAAUAUAUAUAAAAAAAAAGAAAAGCUGUGUUACAGACUCCUAGUCUUUAAAUAUUUCCUAGAUGCUUUAAGCGUUCGGGCGGAUACUUUUUUGAAUAUUUUUUGUUAUGCCCAAUCGUUUGGAGCGUCGUGGUUUCACCUGGUGUAUUAUUGUGUGGACGUUUAUAGUGUGAUAUUAUUUUUAAUAAUGUACAUUUUCGAAUAACGCCCUAGGGUCAUUCAUUUACGGAAAAUUUCGGUGCUCGAGCAAAAAAUAAAUAUCGCCAAGUUUGAGCGGCAACAUGCUGAGUUGAGUUGAAUUGAGAAUGUUGAAUGCAAAAUCAGUUCCUAGUCCGUCUAGAAAUUCCCUAAAUUGAGGAUAAUACAAUGUUAUAUUUGACCAAUUGUUUCGCAUGAUGUGGAAACUUGGUCCUUGAAAGUGAGAUCCUUAACCAGAGAUGUGGCAGACUUCUACGGAUCCUGCGAAGACCUAGUAUCCAACCUUCAAGCUCAUACUGACGGGAAAGAUCGACUAGGCAGGAAACAACGUUCCUGGUUACGAAAUAUAACAAACUGGCGUGGUGCAGAAGAUGGAUGCCUUCACAUAAUAGAUUAGAAGCUUCUGCGACGAGGAAGUUACUUUUGCAUGAUCUGGAAACGCGGUCCUUGAAAGUGAGAUCCUUAACCAGAGAUGUGGCAGACUUUUACGGAUCCUGCGAAGACCUAGUAUCCAACCUUCAAGCUCAUACUGACGGGAAAGAUCGACCAGGGAGGAAACAACAUUCCUGGUUACGAAAUAUAACAAACUGGCGUGGUGCAGAAGAUGGAUGCCUUCAGAUAAUAGUUUAGAAGCUUCUGUGACGAGUAAGUUACUAUUGCAUGAACUGAAAACGUGGUCCUUGAAAGUGAGAUCCUUAACCAGAGAUGUGGCAGACUUCUACGGAUCCUGCGAAGACCUAGUAUCCAACCUUCAAGCUCAUACUGACGGGAAAGAUAGACCAGGGAGGAAACAACGUUCCUGGUUACGAAAUAUAACAAACUGGCGUGGUGCAGAAGAGGGAUGCUUUCAGAUAAUAGUUUAGAAGCUUCUGCGACGAGUAAGUUACUUUUGCAUGAUCUGGAAACGCGGUCCUUGAAAGUGAGAUCCUUAACCAGAGAUGUGGCAGACUUCUACGGAUCCUGCGAAGACCUAGUAUCCAACCUUCAAGCUCAUACUGACGGGAAAGAUAGACCAGGGAGGAAACAACAUUCCUGGUUACGAAAUAUAACAAACUGGCGUGGUGCAGAAGAUGGAUGCCUUCAGAUAAUAGUUUAGAAGCUUCUGUGACGAGUAAGUUACUAUUGCAUGAACUGAAAACGUGGUCCUUGAAAGUGAGAUCCUUAACCAGAGAUGUGGCAGACUUCUACGGAUCCUGCGAAGACCUAGUAUCCAACCUUCAAGCUCAUACUGACGGGAAAGAUAGACCAGGGAGGAAACAACGUUCCUGGUUACGAAAUAUAACAAACUGGCGUGGUGCAGAAGAGGGAUGCUUUCAGAUAAUAGUUUAGAAGCUUCUGCGACGAGGAAGUUACUUUUGCAUGAUCUGGAAACACGGUCCUUGAAAGUGAGAUCCUUAACCAGAGAUGUAGCAGACUUUUACGGAUCCUGCGAAGACCUAGUAUCCAACCUUCAAGCUCAUACUGACGGGAAAGAUCGACCAGGGAGGAAACAACAUUCCUGGUUACGAAAUAUAACAAACUGGCGUGGUGCAGAAGUGGGAUGCCUUCAGAUAAUAGUUUAGAAGCUUCGGACAAGAGAAAACCUCACGGCAAAGUAUCCCACAUGGUACAUCAAACAUUUUUUGUGAGACUUGGAAUUAAGAGCUCGAACUUAUUGAGAUGUAGAUGAAUAUUUUGCAUGAGCACCGAAAAAAUGAAUGAAUCACUCUACUAUUUAUGUAAAUACUUGUUAUGAUUGAAAUUUUCGUUUUCGCAUAUUUGAAAUUCGAUUGUCAUUUGUCACUUUUCAACUGUACCCAAUCGACGAUUAGUCGAUCGUGUUUCAAGUUUUUUUUCCCCUGUAAUAUAAUUCAUACCUGAAAUAUGAUCGGCGAAAGUCUUUCGUUGUCUUUAUCAAUCAACAAGAAGCUGCUGCUACUGAAAUACACUCAAUUUAUACAGGGUGGGAGAGAUUCGACGUGAAAUUAAUGUUAUGACAUAAAAAAAUUUGUCAUACGACCCACCGUUUUUGAGUUAUAGGCGUUUAAAGUGGCGAAAUCAUAACUCAUAUUUUCUAAAGUAUACAUUCGAAAAUUAUGGAUGUUUAUGUCCAUUUAGUGUGUUUUAUGAAAUAAAUAUACUAUAUUUAGAAUGUGUCUUUAUGACGAACUGUUUUCUUGGCAUGUACAACGAUCUAAAAAUCGAGUUAAGCAAAGAGUAGGUAAUUUUUUGUUGGAAAAUCGAUUAAAAAAUUCAUUUUUGUUAUAUUUACAUUGUACAGGCUGACCCUGUAAAAAUAAAUUGUUAACAAUUGGGCAUGAUCCGUCUCUGACCUUCAGAUAAUAGUAUAGAAUAAAUUUAUACCGUCAAACACAUUUUUAUUUAAUGUCACAGCAUUAUUUUCACGACAUCUCACACCUGACUUUAAUGUAAAAAAGAAACAUCAACUUCUAGCCCCAGCGAGUUCAAAUUUUGAUAUUUCAUAAUAGAAUUUUGGGUAAUUUUAAACCUUCGUAGUUCCCUCGUUUUUUGGCUCUAAAAAAUCGAAAAAUCAUCCGAUUUCGAUGAAUUUUUUGUAUAUUAAUUGGGAAUAAAAAGAAUCGAAACUUAUAUUGUUUAGGUGAGGUUAGGGGGGAUGGGGGACGGGCUAAAAAUUCAGAACAAAUGUUUACAUUUGGUCUGCUUGAUUGGGUGCAUUUUUAUGAAAAUUUAAAGCCAAGGAAACUAAUAUGAGCUCCCAUUUUUUUUAUUUCCUAAUUUUUUAUCGUAAAUCCUCCUUAAAAACGAAGAUUUGUACAAAAAAUUCAUCGAAAUCGGAUGAUUUUUCGAUUUUCUAGAGCCAAAAAACGAGAAGACCGUGAAAUUUAAAACGUCCUGCAUAUAAAAUUUUUUAGAACCAUUUCCAAAAUAUCGAAAAUGUUUCGUUCAUUUUUUAAAGAAUUGAAAAUACUUUAUUACCAUUAAUAAUUAACACGAAAGUUGUCUCAGAAGUUCUCAAAAUAAUAAAAAAAAAGUAAAAAAAUUUAGAAAAAAAUAUCUUUCAGCAUAGUCACCUCAAUAUAUCAGUUUCCCAACGCAGUUGGUUUUACAUACAUUACAAGUUACUUACAUAAUAAUGUUUUUUAACAACACAGUCAAAAAAAAAACUGUCACGGUCUUUUAAUUGCAAAAAAACCAAAAAUUCCGCUUGCUUAUUAUACAAGUUAUUUAUAAAAUGAACCUCGUAUAUUUACAUAACCUUAAAAGUAUAAUUUGUACAAUUAUUUCACGUACAUUUUCAUUAACUUAAAUUCCAUAACACAAAUUGAAAAAUCGCAUUACAUGUGGACGGUUUCACAGCAUUUGGUCUUGUUAGAAACCAUCAGGGUUAAUUGGUCGUAGCGUUCGUGUCCCGAUCAGGACCCCAGCUAACACAUCAUUCAAUAAGUCGUGUGACUAACUAAGAAAAAACACAUUUUUUUACCAAAAAUCGAUUUUUCCAUUAUUUAACAGUAAUACAAUCAUUCCAACACGCUUCUUUAACAGCAUCAGCAAUUUCUUCUUCAUUUGAGCUGCAUUUUUUGAGAUCAGCGCAUAUCCAGUGGUCACUGGGUACCAGAUCUGGACUAAACAGUGGAUGAGGAAGCAAUUCGUUCAAUUUAAUCAUCGUUUUCAUCGACUUGUGAAUCGGUGCAUUGUCUUGGUGAAAUAGUAGUUUUUCCAUCGACAUACGAGGCCGGUUUUCCUUGAUUUUACAUCCAACAAUUCUAUGUAGUGUUGAUUGUCUUUUGAAAAUAGUCGAUGAAUAAUAUUCUGAAGCCAUGACCUUUCCAGCUGAUUGAUGUGCCUUUGGACGCUUCGAACGUGGUUUACUGACUCCAAAUGAUGAUCGUUUUGAUUCUGAAGUGAAUUGAAGGAUCCAUGUUUCAUCCAUUGUCACAUAGCAAUGCGAAUAACCUGAUUUAUUAAGUGUAAACAUGGCCAAACACCUCUCUGAAUCAUCAACACGUUGUUAUAUGAGUAAUAAUAUCAAUUUGACGACUAGAACAUACUAAAUUGUUUUAAAUCCAUAAAUCCACAAAAGUAGCUUCACAUAAAUGGCUGACACUUGUUUCUGACAAAUCGAAAUAUCACGAAAUUUGACGGAUAAUCUUUUUAAAGUUGGUACUUCAUAAACGUCAUAUGGAUUUAACAAUAGCAGCGCCAUCUGUCUGUCAGUCAUACGACUUAUUGAGUGAUGUCAUACUUCUGGUUUUAUCUCCACAUAAAUGGCUGUAACUUCUUUGUAACUAAUCGAAAUAUCACGAAAUUUGACGGAUAAUCUUUUUAAAGUUGGUACUUCAUAAACGUCAUAUGGAUUUAACGAUAGCAGCGCCAUCUGUCUGACAGUCAUACGACUUAUUGAGAGAUGUCAUACUUCUGGUUUUAUCUCCACAUAAAUGGCUGUAACUUCUUUGUAACUAAUCGAAAUAUCACGAAAUUUGACGGAUAAUCUUUUUAAAGUUGGUACUUCAUAAACGUCAUAUGGAUUUAACAAUAGCAGCGCCAUCUGUCUGUCAGUCAUACGACUUAUUGAGAGAUGUCAUACUUCUGGUUUUAUCUCCACAUAAAUGGCUGUAACUUCUUUGUAACUAAUCGAAAUAUCACGAAAUUUGACGGAUAAUCUUUUUAAAGUUGGUACUUCAUAAACGUCAUAUGGAUUUAACGAUAGCAGCGCCAUCUGUCUGUCAGUCAUACGACUUAUUGAGAGAUGUCAUACUUCUGGUUUUAUCUCCACAUAAAUGGCUGUAACUUCUUUGUAACUAAUCGAAAUAUCACGAAAUUUGACGGAUAAUCUUUUUAAAGUUGGUACUUCAUAAACGUCAUAUGGAUUUAACAAUAGCAGCGCCAUCUGUCUGUCAGUCAUACGACUUAUUGAGUGAUGUCAUACUUCUGGUUUUAUCUCCACAUAAAUGGCUGUAACUUCUUUGUAACUAAUCGAAAUAUCACGAAAUUUGACGGAUAAUCUUUUUAAAGUUGGUACUUCAUAAACGUCAUAUGGAUUUAACGAUAGCAGCGCCAUCUGUCUGUCAGUCAUACGACUUAUUGAGUGAUGUCAUACUUCUGGUUUUAUCUCCACAUAAAUGGCUGUAACUUCUUUGUAACUAAUCGAAAUAUCACGAAAUUUGACGGAUAAUCUUUUUAAAGCUGGUACUUCAUAAACGUCAUAUGGAUUUAACGAUAGCAGCGCCAUCUGUCUGUCAGUCAUACGACUUAUUGAGUGAUGUCAUACUUCUGGUUUUAUCUCCACAUAAAUGGCUGUAACUUCUUUGUAACUAAUCGAAAUAUCACGAAAUUUGACGGAUAAUCUUUUUAAAGUUGGUACUUCAUAAACGUCAUAUGGAUUUAACGAUAGCAGCGCCAUCUGUCUGUCAGUCAUACGACUUAUUGAGUGAUGUCAUACUUCUGGUUUUAUCUCCACAUAAAUGGCUGUAACUUCUUUGUAACUAAUCGAAAUAUCACGAAAUUUGACGGAUAAUCUUUUUAAAGUUGGUACUUCAUAAACGUCAUAUGGAUUUAACGAUAGCAGCGCCAUCUGUCUGUCAGUCAUACGACUUAUUGAGAGAUGUCAUACUUCUGGUUUUUAUCUUUGUUUGUUAUACUCAUAUAGAAUAAAUUUUUGAUAAUUGUUAUCUCUAGCAUCAGUGUACAUUAAAAUUAAUUAUCAGAAGACAUAAAUUAUAAUUAUCAGUAGUAAUUUCUUCUCAAAUCAUCAAAGUAUAUAAAAUAAAGAGAGUUUACCAAAAAAUGAUCUAAUUAUUAUAUAAAUAUAAUAAAUUUUUCUCAUUAUUUUAACUAAUUUUUUUUAUAUAAUUGUAAAAAAAUUCAACUUGUGUAUUAUAAAAAAAAUUGUAUAUAAUUGUGAAGAUGUAUUUUCUGUACACGCCCUGUAACUAAUUAUCAUAAUAAUUUUAAUUAAAUGAGUUUAUAUUUUAUAUUGUUAAAUUUUGAUGUAAUUAUUGUAUUAUUUCUUUUACAAAAACUAUAUUAAAAAAAUAUUUACUUC